UGAUUCACAACUAUGCCUUGGGCCGUGAUAGCGUAUUUAUAUUGGUUUUAAGAAAUCUACGUCAGGUUCUUUUGUUAUUCAUGUAUCAGUAUUUUUGUAUGUGACUUCGUUUCUGUAGUCUAUUGUUUGCGGUGAGUGUUGAUUUGCUUGCCUGGACCUUACAUUUGCAAUUGGGUCGGAUAUUUUUUCUUUUUAUUCUUUUUAUUGAUUAUUCCAGUUAUGCUUAUACCAGCUAGAAAUGCAUUCGAGGUGGAUUUAAUUUUGUGAUAAGUCGGGAUCUUAUGUAGAUUACAAUAGAAAAAAGUUUGUACACAAACAUUUGUGGAUUUUAUUGAGGUUUUUCCUCAAUAUUCGAAAAUGUUAAAGUUUUAGUCGACCAAAAAUGAGAUCUUUUUCCUUGGCUUUGCUAACAUAGGGCGUUAUGUUCUAUGUUUAGUCCUAUGACUUACAGUUAAGAGGAAAUUGUAAUUAUCUGUUAAUUUUUAAAGGCGCAAUUUAAUUGAACAAUAUAAGAAUGGUGGUACAUCUAAAAUUUUUAAAAAUUGAAGAAUAAUGAAUAUUCACCGUAGUUGGAUGUGGAGGCGUUUGGGUGAUAAUCGAUUUUGUUUUAGAUGAAUUCGUAACAAGGGGUUGAUCAGGAGUUCUUGAACUUUGCCUUUGGUAACCCAUGAUUUCUAAAUUUCUUUCUAUAUUAUUUUCUUGAAAAAUCUAUAUAAACGAGGGAUGCGCUCACACUCCAUGCAACAAACAUAUAUAAAUUGUAAGAAGAAAAACAUUAUAUAUAAGAAAAUGAAUAACAAAGGGGUGAUGAGUGCUGUGUCUGUGUUGAUGGUGAUGGCAGUGAUCAUUGCUUGUGUAGCAGGCGCAGACGAUCUGGUGGUUGUUUGUUUGAGGCAAUGUUACAUAACCUGCACCAGCACUGGAAUCACUGACCCUUUCUGUUUGAAGAAUUGUCAGAAACAAUGCAACCAUGAAGAGCUGUCGGAGACAAUGUUACCAACAACCACCACGACGACUGGAAAAGGCCGUAAAUAAUACUGAGGAGGAGAGUAUUGUUGUGUAAGAAAAACAUGUUUGGAGAGAAGUAUCGGGGGAUAAAUCUCGAUGUGUUGUAAUAAAACAUGUUAUUUCUAAUAAAACAUGGACAACAAAUCCAAAAGAAUUAGUUUUUCAUUCGAUAUCUCAACUUGGUAUGAUAUCACUAGAGGUCCUUCAAAAGGACGCUUAUAUGGAUUUAGAUGUAGCUCCUCAUCUACAAGUUCAAGUUCAGUCAGUUCUACUCUUAAAGAAUCUGACCAGAACAAUGAGUUAACAAAAGCUGUGGAGGACAUGCGCUCUAAUGCUGCAAAAAUGGAAGAAGAAUUUUCAAGACGAGAAGACAAAAAUAGAAAAUUGCUUGAAAUUGCUCUUGAAGAAGCUCGAAAGAGGGAGGAAGAGGCUCGGAAGAGAGAGGCAGACCUACAAGAAUUAGUUCGAAAAUUACUUCAAGAUGUGGAAUACAAAAACUAUCAAUUUGCUGGUGGGUCUGCACUCCAGGAGCAACAACAUUCCAGGAAAGAUAAUUAGUUUAUUUUUUCUGUUGGUUGUUAAUGACUUAGUUUAUAUUAGUGUUGUUGUAUUAUGAGUAUCUUUUGUUAAUAUUUAUUGUUCUAGUUUGGAAAAUUCAAAUUUUGGUAUUGAUGGAAUGUAUGUGAUGGUAUAAUGACCAAGAUAUUAAUUUGGGU